AUGGUUAAAGAGACAAAGUUAUAUGAUCUAUUGGGUAUAUCCCCAAGUGCCAAUGAGCAAGAGAUUAAGAAAGGUUACAGGAAGGCUGCGUUGAAGUACCAUCCAGACAAGCCUACUGGUGACACUGAGAAGUUCAAGGAGAUUUCCGAGGCGUUUGAGAUCCUGAGCGAUCCGCAGAAAAGAGAGGUCUACGACCAGUACGGGCUCGAGGCCGCCAGAAACGGUGGUCCUGCGUUCGGGGGAGCCGGUGGGUUCCGAGGUGGUGGGUUCAGCAGCGCUGGCGGUGCGCACGCCUUCAGCAACGACGACGCGUUCAACAUCUUCUCGCAGUUCUUCGGUGGGAGCUCGCCGUUUGGUGCCGCCGACGAUGGCUUCAGCUACAGUUCGUUCGGAGGCAUGCCUGGCGGUAUGGGUGGCAUGCACGGAGGCAUGGGCGGUGGAAUGCACGGCGGCAUGGGCGGCGGCAUGGGUGGCAUGGGUGGUAUGCCAGGCGGGUUCAGGUCUGCCUCUAGCCCACAGCCUGAGGAAGAAGUCGUCCCAGUUAACUUGUCCGUGAGCUUGGAAGACCUGUACACUGGUAAGAAGAAGACCUUCAUGAUCGGUAGAAAGGGCCCUAAUGGUGCUCCAGAGAAGACCCAGGUCGAUAUCCAGUUGAAACCAGGCUGGAAAGCUGGUACAAAGAUUACCUACAAGAACUACGGUGACUAUAACCCUGCCACUGGCCGCAGAAAGACUUUGCAGUUUAUCAUCCAGGAAAAGAAGCAUCCAUUUUUCACUCGUGACGGUAACGACCUGAUAUACACACUGCCAUUGACAUUCAAGGAGUCUCUACUCGGUUUCAAUAAGACUAUUCAAACUAUCGACGGUAGAACACUGCCUGUAUCAAGAAUCCAACCUAUUCAACCAUCUGAGAAAUCUACCUACCCAGGCCAAGGUAUGCCUAUUCCAAAAACUCCAGGUCAAAGAGGUGACAUGAUCGUGAAUUACAAGGUCGACUACCCUAUCUCCUUGACAGAUAAACAAAGACAGGCCAUCGACGAGAACUUCUAA